AUGGACGUUUCCGUCAAUUUCCACGUGGCGCUGAGACAACUGCAGUUUCGGGUGCCGCUGGAGCUUAUCCGCAUCAACUUCAAACACGUCCAGCGGCUCAUUGAGAAGCAGCGGUUGGCGGUGGACGCCGAAGUGGCAAAAAUUAAAGCCGCCGACUUAUCGCCGCCAGAACGGCUAGCGGCACUCAGAAAGACCAUACGGGGGUUUGAAACGUUUCAAAAGAAGCUCAGACAGGCGUUGGAUAAAGACCGAGACUACCACGCCCGUCUAGAAGCGAGAAGAGCCCAUCUAUGCCAACUUGCUCAAUGGGCCAAACCGAGCCCCGACGGCGAUAUGGUGCUUAAUUUACACAACCCCAACUUGAUCCAGUGGUACCGGGCCGAGCACAUGGCUCUAAUUGUCGAUUAUUUGAUUAAAUCGUACGUUCCGCCGCUGCCCCUGCUGACUUCUGGAAAACGGUUUAAGAGCGAUUCCGAGAACCUGGGCCUCAAAUUAUUGGCCUCCAUCAAAGAUAACUACCCGGGCUUGGAUAAGCUCAUUGACCACGAUAUAUUUGCUCUAUUUAACCGGAUAUUUGUCCUGAUUGUCCAAGAACACGAUUUGGAUUUGGUUGUGGCCUGGUUCAACGAUAACAAAUCGUUUCUCAAAAAGAACCAUUCGAACCUUGAAUUCGAAAUAAACUACUGUAAGUUUUUGCUGUUGAUUGACCAAGGAGAAGUGAAACAGGCCAUUGUCUACAGCCAGACCCAUUUGCUGGUAUACCUGAACCGCGACCACUAUGGCGACGGGGGUCAGGCGAUGUACGAAGCCAACCUGGCGAAAUUGAAACACAUCGGUGGUUUAUUGGUCUACGUGCUGAUGAAAGAGGAACCGCUGGGGGAGAAAGUGGCGCUCAUGCCCCGCUACCGCCAGUACCAGCAAUUGCUCAGCAACGAGCGGUGGGUGCUGCUUUCCCAGUGCUUCAUGGAUAACUUUAAUCAGCUCUAUGGUAUCCCCCAUCAUUUCCCGUUAUACACUUACCUUUCUGCCGGGCUUGUGACCCUCAAGACAAAACUGUGCUAUCAUAACCACACCAAUACCAUUUUCGGCAAUCAAGCCAAUGGUAGUGGCCACAACACACCCGCUCAUGACGUGUGGGGGAUGGUUGACCGCAAAUUCAGGGGCCCCAACCACUACUACCACGCGCUUAAGAAAAUAAACCAUUGCCCCGUGUGUCUGCCGGAAUUGUUCCAACUCGCUCGUGGAUUACCCUACGCUCAGCUCAUUACCAACGUGUUCAACAAUCCGUUUAAGCUUCCCAACGGCAAUAUCUAUCCGUUUGAUAAGCUCUUGGCUCCACUGGAUAACCACUUGGACGAGAAGAGUAUCUUGCUCCGAAAGAAUAGCAUCAAGGAUCCGUUGACCCACCAAGUGUACAACAUCAGCGACUGCGUCAGGGUAUAUCCAGCCUAG